AUGAAAUGCAUAACAAUAUAAUCAACCUUGAAUUCUUUUAGUAAAUAUGUCUAUUAAUAUUUGUCUUAGGAUUUUCAAGUUGUAGAGAAGGUCGGAAAGAUUAUGACAGACAUUUAUAAGUAAAUUUCAACAGAAUGUUAUAUUUUAAAAAGAUAAAAGGGUAAGAAAUAAAGUGUAAUAGUUAAAUCUAAAUUAGAACUACUUGGGUAUAUAUAUCAAUAAUGGAUGAUGUAUAUGUAAUAGAAGAUAAGAGUUUUUAAGCAGAUUUGA